AUGAAAAGGAUUUUCUCUGGUGUGAAGUCCCCAAAGUUAUCUGCUCCCCCAAAAGUUUUCAAAAAUGAUGAGAGCCCAUCCACUCCGAGCUCUCCCAAAUUCGACCAAGGGCUUCGAAGUUUAUCAGCAUCAGCUUCAAGACUCUUCAGUAACUCAAUAUCCACUCCUGGGAGCCCUACGUUAGAUCUUCCGCAAGAACACUCUAUUAAUGGUGAUAUCUCACCAGAACUAGUACCAAUCGUUACUUUACUCUCUGCACAGGCUCAUAGGAGAUACCAUUAUGGUAUAUUCUUGAUAUUACAUGAUUUGAAGACAGACGGAACACCUGCCGCGCGUCAGUGGGAAGAAUGCUAUGGUGUGUUGCUAGGAACUCAGCUGGCUUUAUGGGAUGCAAAAGAAUUAUCAGAUUCCAAGAAUAAUAAGAACACAUCAACCAUGAAAAAAGCCGCAUCGAGACCUUCUUUUAUCAAUUUUACAGAUGCUUCUGUGAGGAGUUUGGACGCUAAUGAUCAGGUAAUCAUUGCAUCAGAGAACGAAAAGACAAAGAAAGAUCUAGACAAUGUUCUUGUUGUUUCAACAACUUUAAAAAACAGGUAUUUCUUAAAAUUCAAAAAUUCAAAAUCAUUCAAAACUUGGAACGCAGCAAUUAGGCUUAGUUUGUUCGAGUUUACGGCGUUGCAAGAGGCCUACACGGGCUCAUUUUUGUCAAGCAGAGGUGUUAAACUUGGUGAUAUCAAAGUUGUUAUGGCAGAUACAAAAUUCACUUAUGAGGACUGGGUUAGCGUAAGAUUCGGGACAGGUAUGCCAUGGAAACGUUGUUAUGCUGUUAUUUCUCCACAGUCUGGCAAAAAAAAGAAAAAUUCGAAAGGUUCAAUAUGUUUCUAUGAAAAUAACAAAAAAACCAAAAAAUCAAACAUAAUGACAACGGUAGUAGAUGCACGGGCUUUAUAUGCCGUUUAUCCUUCCUCGCCGAUAUUAAUCGACACAUCUACAAUCAUAAAAUUGGAAGGUUUUGUCUCUUUUGACAAAAGUGAGGAACCUCAAGAAACCAACCUAUUUAUCAUGCCUGAAAAGCAUCAAGGUGUUCCGGGAUAUGACACUAUUAUUCGCUUCUUAAUCCCAGCUAUGAACGCGUUCUACUUAUAUGGUAGGCCAAAGGGUUUGAUUGCCAACAGAACUGACCCAGACUCCCUGCUGUUUGCCUUACCCACUCUUCCGCAUAUAUAUUAUUUGCAGGUGGAUGACGUUUUAUCAUUAACAAAAGACAAAAAUUACAUACAUUGGAGUGCUGCUGAUUGGAGGAAUAACAUUGUUCAAGUAUUACAGAAAAAAUUAAGUAAGGGCUAUAAAGGCUGUGGUAAUAAAACUGUAUCAGUUUCAUCUGGGAUGAUGAAGUCGCCGGCAAUUAGUUCAGCUGAAUUAUUUGAAGGGUACGAUUCUCUCCCUGAAAGACAAAUGGAAAGUCCGCAAAAAUCUAAGAUGAAGUCUCCUACAUUAGCAUCGACCGAUGAUAUUAAUUCCGCUUCUGCUUCCGUAAACUCACAUGCUACCUCAGUAAAACAAACUGAAUUAUUUGUGACUGAUAAUUCUUCAAAAAUCAAUGACUCUGUGUCGGCGCAGUCCAGUGUCACUACUAACUUCAAAGAUACUUUUACCACCCCAAUGACAUCAGGAAUGCUCAACCAUGAAAAUUCAGAGAGAAGCUUUGGUUCAGGAUUAAAACUCAAAAUCACUGAUUCAAAUUUGGAAAAUAUGGAAGACGUUGAAGCGAAAUCUGCUAACGAAUUCUCUACGACACCAGAAGACAAACAUAUUCACCUCGCCAAUGCAGCCGAAUUAUCCGCCCUUUACGACAAAUAUUCCACAUCUCCGUUUGGUAAAUCGGAGGCUAAUUCAAGCCCUAAACCUCAAAAAUUGGAAGUUAAAGAUCGGUCAAAAAAUGAAAACAGAAGCCCCUAUGAGAGAUACGUAGGUACAUCCGCUGAAAGCAAGACAUUUGAAAUAGGUAACGUCAGAGAGUCGAAAAGUACGAUAAAUACUUCCCUUUCUUCGCCUUUGAGGGUAGAAGAUAGUAGACGUUCAAAAAAUGAGGACCUGGGAUCUUUGAAAGAGUUUGAAGAGUUAUCUCAAAAGAUUAGCAAUAUGGGAAUGGCAAAUAUUUCUUCAGAAGCUUUAAGUGACACAGCAGAAAACAGUUCUUUUGUUACGGACCUGAACUUGAAUAUCAAUAACAGUUCAUCGGUCAAUCUCAAUGAAGAACAACGUGUGCCGGAUUUUGGGGAGGAAAACGUAUUUGAUCCAGAUUAUAUGGAACAAAACCAAAUGUUGGAAACAGAAAGUAGGUACACUACGGAUGAGUUUGACUUUUCAGAUAAUCAGGAUGCAGCAUCCAGUAAUUAUAGCAAUGGGCAAACCAACCGAACAGUAACUGAAACCCUUUCUGCCAGUGACAGAAAUGACAAGAUCCCACAUUCUUCUUUAUUUACAAACUUAAACCAGCUUACUUCGAAUGGAGGAAACUAUCAGGAUAGGGAAGAUUUCUCUGGUGAUCAAAUAAACAAACCUCAACAAUCUCAACCACUUCAUGUGAAAGGACCACAAACUUCGUCAUUUGGUUACAGAAAUUCUUCAGCCAAUAGCUCGCAGCCUCAAGCACCAUACCCGGUUGGUCGCCCGUUAGGUAAGAUAAGAACGGGUCCGCUGACCGUCCAGCCUAUGCAACAAGGUGGAAACUCAUCAAUGUAUUCUUUCCAAUCUUCGCAACAUCGGUUUCAUUCGUCGCAACAGCGCCAAAACCAAUCACUUUCCUUCAGAAACAAUACCUAUGGAAGUGGUAACAAUCAAAAUACAUUCCAUCCAUCGCCGCAACUGCAACAACAGCCUCAAAAUAUGAGAUAUUUGAAUAAUAAGUUACCAAUAAAUGAUAGAUCUCCAAUACCGCAAACACAGCACCAUGUACCAGAUGGCCGUCCCAGCCUCCAUAUAAAUACCACUAACCGCACAAAUCCGCUUACUGCACAAAGUGGAUUUUCUCAAUUUAUGCCUCCCAAUAGCACAUCAACCAACCCAUAUUCCAGCUGA